GGCCGAGCCCCCAACAUGAUUUCUACCUCAAUUGAGGGGCUCGAAUGUCACCGUUACAGCAAUAUAGCGGCUAGCGUCGUGUUACACCUCCCAGCUUCUUUCUGGUGGGGCAUAGAGAGAUGUAGUUGUACAACAGCUGCACAGACAAAGGCAGAAGAUGAAGCAGAUGUUUCAGGGCAGGAAGUGGCAGAGCCAACCAAAGAUGAGAAGGCAAUAGCCAAGUACCUGCGCUUCAACUGCCCUUCCAAAUCAACUAAUAUGAUGGGCCACAGAGUUGACUACUUCAUUGCUUCCAAGGCGGUGGACUGUCUAAUGGAUUCGAAAUGGGCAAAAGCCAAGAAAGGAGAAGAAGCUCUCUUUACUAAUAGAGAGUCGGUGGUUGAAUUCUGCAAUAGACUUCUGAAGAAACAGUUUUUCCAUCGAGCGCUGAAAGUGAUGAAGACAAAGCCCGAAAAGGAGGUGAAAAAGGAAAAGGAGAAAGAAAAAGGAAAGACUGAUAGUGGAAAGGAAGAUGAGAAAAAGAGCAAGAAAGAUCCUCCCAAAGAGGAGAAAUCAAAAAAGGAAAAGAAAAAAGAAACUGAAAAGGAGGAGGUAAAGAAGGAUGAAACUCCUGGAACUCCAAAGAAAAAGGAGACCAAGCGCAAGUUUAAGCUAGAACCACAUGAGGAUCAGGUUUUCCUAGAUGGAAAUGAGGUAUAUGUGUGGAUAUAUGACCCAGUCCAUUUUAAAACAUUUGCCAUGGGCCUCAUUCUUGUUAUUGCAGUAAUAGCUGCGACCCUUUUUCCUUUGUGGCCGGCUGAGAUGCGCGUCGGGGUUUACUACCUCAGUGUUGGAGCAGGAUGUUUUGUCGCCAGUAUUCUACUUCUUGCUGUUGCAAGGUGCAUUCUCUUCCUUAUCAUUUGGCUCUUGACUGGAGGAAGGCAUCACUUCUGGUUCCUGCCUAACUUGACAGCAGACGUUGGUUUCAUUGAUUCCUUCCGACCAGUUUAUACACACGAAUACAAAGGACCAAAACCUGACCAGAACAAAGAAGAAAAGUCUGAAGAGAAAAAGCCACUAAAAUCAGACAGUGAGGAUAAAUCCGAUAGUGAGAAGAAGGAAGAAGAAGACAGAAAGGCUGAAGCAGCUGAGGGAUCAGGGACUGAAGGCUCCGGUGCAGAAAGGCAGUCAGAUACAGAUAGUGACAGGCGGGAAGAUGAAGGCUCACAGCAUAGUAGUGGCAAUGGAAAUGAUUUUGAAAUGAUCACAAAGGAGGAACUUGAGCAGCAAACUGAUGAAGGAGACUGCGAGGAGGAGGAAGAGGAGGAAGGCACAGCUGAGAGUAGGCCUCUAUGUGAAGAAUCUUAAGACUAGACUGGUGUUUGUGACUGAUUAAGUGCAAGUGGAUGGAUAUUUCCUUAGAGUGAUCACCAAACAUCACAUAGUUUCCUUCACUCUUCUUUACGAUAUGCAGAUUCUGUAGGGAUCAUCAAAUGUGUUAGGAUUUAAAAAAAUUAAUUGCCAGAAAAUAAAUUGCAUUGGAGGAAAAUCCAGUCUUUGUCAGCGAAACAAAAUGCUAAUUCAGAAGUUGUGACAGUACGUGCUGGCCUUUUACCUUACUCCUUCUAUCCUGUUGCUGUGUAGCUGAAUGUGAUCCAUGUGUAAUAUUGCAACUGUCGGGUUCAUCUAUCUGCAUGCAGCACAGACUCAUUGCUGCUUGUCAGGUGCAUCCCAUAUAGGUCUGGUCAUUUCAGGAAGCUUUUGGUAUAACAUCAGCAACCAGAUGUAGCGUAUUAUUUCAUUCAUAGUUAACUCUAUGAAGAAAUGUUUGAUAUCCCUGGAGGGGUGCUGGGAGUUGUAGUCAAACAACAGAGUCAGAAUAGCAUCUUUCAGCAUCUUCCUAGACUUUUCCACCAGUAACACUGACACCAUUAUUCUAUAGCCUAUGAGUGUGUUUUGGAUAAUUCCAACAUCAUUUAGAGCAAAAUGAGAAUGAAUUUGAUCUAUACCGUUAAGCCCUUAAAGUGUUUAUUCUCUUAAUGAUUUUGCUGAUCUCUAGCUUACGUAUAGUUCAUAUAUAUCAAUUAAAUAUAUAUAAAGAAACUUUAUUUUAUAAAAAAAAAAAACUUUAAUGACAACCUUUCUAUCUAAUGGUUGAACAGAGCGUGUUAGUACUACAUCGUUUUUAUAUUUCUGGUACUACCAAUUCUCCCCUAUGUUAAAUUGUUUAGACUAAAUCGAAUAAUAUAAACACAUGCAACAGGCCCUUAUACAGAGAAUGUCCCAGGUUGAUUCCCAGCACCAAUUCCCUGUGUGUAGUAGUAGUAGUAUUAGUAGUAAUGUAUGUCUUUUUCCUAAAAAUCCCCAUCACCACCACAUUCAAUGAGUUGCUUGGAAGUGCUCCCUCUGCAUUAUGUUCCUGAUCAUAAAUAACACCAAUUUAGUAUAUGUAGCUGUUAUUUGUGUAAUUGAAUGUCACCUGAUGGGCCAAGAUGAGAAGAACAGAUGGUGGCUAAGGAGCAUACUAAUAUAUAGUAGAUAAGAGAGAAGUGAAAAUAACUUGUUUUUAUAACUAAGUGCACCUUCAUGGCAUAGUGUACAAUGUUUUGUCCUGCAAAAAUAUAGUUUACAAAUAAAUAUUGGUUAUUUUAAUUGAAUUGAGAUGGUAAUACUGGUGGUCACUGCAAAAGUUUGAUGAAAUACUGGAAAUAUUGGACCUGGCAUGUGUUUACAGUAAAAGUCCAAGGCCCUGUUAGAUACAGAGGCUUGUAUCCCUAGGAAUUGGGGAACUUGGGAAGCUGCUAGAACCUAUUCAUGUGCACUUUUUCCAUGCGCAUAGUGCUUAAAGCAGGGAUAGGCAAGGUUUCAAGUGUUGCAGUUAGUGCACCAAACCUUACCCGUGCCUUAGCAUAAGGGUGUACCUAUAACCCACAUGAUAUAGAGAUCAGUGUUCAGGUGCAAAUACACUCAGUUCUGUGAGUACACAGCAAAACUUUAAAGGAACGAGUCGUAACUGUAGUUACUCUGUGGAGACGGAUUUCCUCUAUAGGCAGAUGUAACUCUUUUCUAAAUUAUUGACUUAUUUUAAUUGUAUAAUUCACCUUUCAAGAUUAUAAUGCCUACAGGACACUGUCCCAUAGUAUGCUUCAAUUCCAGUCAGAACUUUGAUGGAGGUUAUUACAGGCAUUGUGUGUCUUUAGUCAUGAGAAAGCCCUGAAUUGUGUACAGGGAGUUUUUCUGUGGGAUGUAGUUGUUUCCAGGCUUUAGUUUUGUGCCAACAUUCCAUGUAUGUAAGUAUAAAUAAAACAAUGCUUAUUAAAAGUAAAGGUGACAAAA